UCAGCAGCAACAUGGGACGCACCCUGGCGGUCCCUACCCCAUACGGCUGUAUCGGCUGCAAACUGCCACAACCGGACUACCCACCGGCUCUAAUCGUCUUUAUGUUCUGUGCAAUGGUUAUCACCAUCGUCGUAGACCUGAUUGGCAACUCCAUGGUCAUUUUGGCUGUGUCGAAGAACAGGAAGCUCCGAAACUCUGGCAACGCCUUUGUGGUUAGCCUCUCUGUGGCUGAUAUGCUGGUGGCCGUCUACCCCUAUCCUCUGAUGCUACAUGCCAUGGCCAUCGGUGGCUGGGAUCUCAGCAAGUUACAGUGCCAGAUGAUGGGGUUCAUCACAGGCCUGAGUGUGGUCGGUUCUGUCUUCAACAUCAUGGCCAUCGCCAUCAACCGUUACUGCUACAUCUGCCACAGCCUCCAGUAUGAGCGCAUCUUUAGUGUGCGCAAUACCUGCAUUUUUCUGGCUGUCACCUGGAUCAUGACGGUUCUGGCUGUCUUACCCAACAUGUACAUUGGCACCAUCGAGUAUGAUCCUCGCACCUACACCUGCAUCUUUAACUAUGUGAACAACCCUGCCUUUGCUGUGACCAUUGUCUGCAUCCACUUUGUCCUUCCUCUGCUCAUAGUGGGUUUCUGCUACAUGAAGAUCUGGAUCAAAGUGCUGGCAGCUCGUGACCCGGCUGGACAGAACCCGGACAACCAGCUUGCUGAGGUUCGCAAUUUUCUAACCAUGUUUGUGAUCUUCCUCCUCUUUGCAGUGUGCUGGUGCCCUAUCAACGCGCUCACUGUUCUGGUGGCUGUCAGUCCAAAGGAGAUGGCAGACAAGAUCCCCAACUGGGUUUAUCUUGCAGCUUACUUUAUAGCCUACUUCAAUAGCUGCCUCAACGCGGUGAUCUAUGGUGUCCUCAAUGAGAAUUUCCGAAGAGAAUACUGGACCAUCUUCCACGCGAUGCGGCAUCCUGUCCUGUUCCUCUCUGGCCUCCUCACUGAUGUCCGUGAGAUGCAGGAGGCCCAAGCCCAUGCCCGCGCCCGUGCCCAUGCCCGUGCACAAGCCCGUGAACAAGACCGUGCCCGUGCCUGUGCUGCUGUGGAGGAAAUACCGAUGAGCGUCCGGAAUGUUCCCCUACCUGGUCAUGGUGCAGCUGGCCAACCUGAGUGUGUCUCUGGCCACCCUAAGCCAGCCUCUGGCCAUUCCAGGUCUGCCUCUGCCCGCCGCAAAUCUGCCUCUGCUCGCCCUAAGUCUGCCUCGGGCCAGUCCAAGUGUGCCACUGUCUAUCCUAAACCAGCCUCUGUCCAUUUCAAGCCUUCCUCUGUCUAUUUCAAGGCCGACUCUGUCUAUUUCAAGCCUUCCUCCAGCCACCCCAAGCCUGUCACUGGUCCCUCCAAGACUGCCAUCAGCCCUGCCACCAGCUUCCCCAAACCCACCACUGGCUACACCCAGCAUGCUACCAUUCACUCUGAGCCCACCACUCCUGACUAUCUCGAGCCCAUCACCACUAGCCACUCUAAGCCUGUCAUCGCCAGCCAUUCUGAGCUUGCAGCCUCCUGCCACCUGGAGUGUGACAUCUUUGACCUCUCUGACCCUACCUCCAGCCCUGCCAGUGACUCCUCCGACUCUGCUGCCAGCUUGCUGGACCCUACCGCUGCUGCUGCUGCCACUGUUGACCCCACUGUGGUCACCACUGAUUACCAUGAGGUUGUAUUUAUUGAUGUUGAUGCUGAUUCUGAUGAAAUGGCUGUGUAAAAAUCGCUCUUGGAGUGGCCAAACAAUGGUCCACUUUUAAGUUUUCCUAGCAUAUGUAAUGCACACUGAGAUAGCUUAGUGAAUCUGCACACAAACAGAUGUGCGUGGGCAUGGACUCACAGACAUGGUAGAAGCUUCACCCACCUUUUCAGGCAUACUCCUCCUUUACAUUAUGUACUCUGAAAAAGUGUGAGUGUGUGCGCUUGCUAUUAGAGCUACCAAAUUUCCCUCACAUUUGACUUCUGUUGUUUUGAGCUUCCCUUUCCUCCUGGGAUUGACCGUGAACCCACAGUGAUCCUUGAACUUGUAGACUCUGAUUUUUCCCCACGCCUGUGUAACCCAUUCUCCCCUCUCAUUUCCUCCUCCUUGUUUCUGCUUUCUUCUCCCAUUCCUCGAGGGGUGGGGGAGGAGCGCAUGCUCAGUGGUAAAGGUGCUCUAUGUUAAAGCCUUCCUUCAAGCUUUAUGUGUUUAAAUGUGUAACUCUUUACUGUACUUUUAAUGGCAAUCCAAAAGGCAGUUGCGAUAAAGUACAAGUACUUGAAAAAGUUUUUCUAAAUUCCAGCAACAAACUAUGACCCAUAUCUGAAGAACACACUUAAUAAGAUCUUACUAAAAGAAAUAUUCAUGCCUAUGAGAUCAAAUGGCAAAACGAAGGAUGUGGCUGCACCGAAUCAUUUCUAUUUUGUGAAAAUUCAAAUGUUGGUGUUGAUUUUUAUAGUCAAACAUGAAUGUAAAUGAUGAGAUGUUUUUACAUUAUUUGUAGUUGCUUACCUUUUUUCAAUAUUUGCCAGGAUUUUCUUUCACUUAGUUCCAGAAAAACAAAUCCAUCCAUAAACUAGUUUUUCCCCAGAUCCAAAUUUAUGGUUGCUAAGAUCAUUUAUGUCAUGCUUUUAAUAUUAUAAUUCACAACUACUCUUUAUCUUAGAGAUUUUUUUUAAUACAGCUUGAUGUUUUUAUGUAGUCAGUUUUACACCUUUCUUUUUCAAUCAAAGGGGGAUUUGAGAUAAUAACUGGUAGCCAGAAGUGAAUGGAGUACUGCUUGAACUUGUAAACGAGUGCCUCUCUAAAAGCCUUUCUUUCCUGCCCCGUCCCUCUGAGCCUCCUCGCUGUGGUGGGGAGUGUGGAGGGACAUGGGGAGGAAUACUUGCCAACAUCAGCCAAGCUCACCACCUUGAGGUUCUGUGAUCCACAGCGUUAAGUUGUUGGCAGCCCAGGGAAUGAUUUUUUUUCUCUAGAAUUUAAGAAAACAUUGUUUAAUAAAAAUCUCAAUUAUUGAUUCAAAUCAGCACUUAAAGUGAAGUUUAUUGUACAGACGUUUGUAAGGAUAAUGGAAAUGUAUUAUACUGCCUUAAUUCAAUUCUGUAUUUGUGCUAGCAAUUAAAUAAAAGCAUU